CUCCCAUCUUACAUUUUGUGUAUUCGGUCGGGGUUCAUUUUGCAAUUAUGGGUCAGAAGAGACAGCGCGGCUCGAAAGGAGCUGAUUUGCAGGCGAAAAAGAGGAAGAAGGAUGUCGCCGCGGCUGAGGAGAGCGAGGAUCCGCUCGUCACCGUCAAUGAUCUUAACUGGAAAGAGGUCGCGCUGCCUGAUAGACUUGAGGAUGCAGGUGGUUUCUUUGGAUUGGAAGAAAUUGAUGGAGUAGAGGUUAUCAAGGGUGGAAGUGAAGGACUCCGGUUCAAGGCCGCACAUGGCAAACCGAAGAAAUCGAUCCUGAAGAAGAAGGCGCCAGAGGAGGAAGAACCGAAAUUCGACGACGACGAGUGGUCCGGUUUCAGCGACAACGAAGCGACCGAGAAGAAGGACACUGCACCGAAGGAAGACCAGAAAGACGAGCAGGAAGCCGGCAAACCCACGGCUGAGGAGAAGAAGAAGGCCAAGAAGGACAGGCAGGCGGAGCAGAAGAAAGCCAAGAAAGAAGCAAAGCAGAAGACUACACCAAACCAGGAGGACAAGAGCAUCAAGGCUGGACUCUCGUUUGCUGCACUCCAAGAUGAAGAGGACGACGAUGGCGUGGAUGUUUCUGCUUGGGAGUCGCUUGGGUUGUCUCCUGAGAUCCUCACCGGUCUGUCGAAGAUGAAGUUCACCACACCGACUCUUGUUCAAAAGUCCUGCAUUCCCCAGAUCUUAGAUGGCCACGAUGUGAUCGGCAAGGCGUCGACAGGUUCCGGAAAGACAUUGGCGUUCGGCAUCCCCAUCCUCGAGCACUAUCUUGAGAAGAAACGGGAGGACUUGCGCGCUGGCAAGGAAGAGAAGAAGAAGGAAUCGGCCCCGAUUGCUCUCAUUAUGUCUCCCACCCGUGAAUUGGCACACCAAUUGGCUAAGCAUAUUGGCGAGCUUGCUCUCCACGCCCCCGGCUCCAGUGCCCGCAUUGCACUCCUUACGGGUGGUCUGUCCGUUCAAAAGCAGCAGCGAGUGCUGGCUGGUGCUGACAUCGUCAUUGGUACUCCUGGUCGAGUAUGGGAGGUGCUUAGCAGUGGUCAGGGUUUGAUUCGCAAGAUGAGUGACAUCAAGUUCCUUGUCAUUGAUGAGGCGGACAGACUUCUCAGUGAGGGUCACUUCAAGGAAGCUGAGGAGAUCCUCGGUGCUCUUGAUCGCGUUGAGGAUGGCGAUUUCGGUGGCGACGAUAGCGAAGACGAAGAGAAGGAGGAUGCUCGUGCCCAGAGACAGACGUUGGUCUUCUCCGCUACAUUCCACCGCGACUUGCAGCAGAAGCUAGCCGGCAAAGCGCGUUGGACGGGAGGCGACAUCAUGAGCAACAAGGAGUCCAUGGAAUAUCUCCUCCAGAAACUGAAGUUUCGCGAAGAAAAGCCCAAGUUCAUUGACGUCAACCCGGUCUCGCAGAUGGCUGAAGGCCUCAAGGAAGGCAUUGUCGAAUGUGGAGCUAUGGAGAAGGAUCUUUAUCUCUACACUCUGUUGCUCUACAACCCCAAGCACCGGACACUUGUGUUCACCAACUCGAUCUCCGCCGUCCGCCGUCUCACCCAAUUGCUCCAGAACCUCGGCCUUCCCGCUUUGGCACUCCACUCCUCUAUGGCCCAGAAAGCGCGUCUACGUUCAGUAGAGCGAUUCUCCUCGCCCACAUCCAAUCCCAGCAGUAUCCUCGUCGCCACCGACGUUGCUGCGCGUGGUCUUGAUAUCAAGGGCAUUGACUUCGUCAUCCACUACCAUGCUCCCCGCGCAGCCGAUACCUACGUCCACCGUUCCGGACGUACCGCCCGUGCGGGUGCUUCCGGAAAGAGUGUGAUCAUCUGCGCUCCGGAGGAAAUGGUCGGAGUGGUUCGUCUAGCCGCGAAAGUGCACGCCAACAUGGCCAAUGGCAAGAAAUUGCCGCUUGAGUCGUUGGAGCUCGACCGUCGGGUCGUCCUCCGGGUCCGUGAUCGUGUGAACUUGGCCGCCAAGAUUACUGAUUCCAACAUCGCCAAGGAGAAGAUCUCCGCGGAAGAUAACUGGCUCCAAAAGGCAGCAGAGGACCUUGGGGUUGAGUAUGAUAGCGAGGAGUUUGAGAGCGCCCAGGGCCGUGGUCGCGGCCGCGGACGUGGGCGUCAGGAACGGCAGCGCAAGGCUGGUGAAGUUACGAAGAAUGAGUUGGCGGCUAUGCGGGCGGAGUUGAAGCAUCUUCUGUCUCAGCGGGUGAACGUAGGUGUGAGUGAGCGGUAUCUCACGUCAGGACGGGUGGACAUUGAGGCGUUACUGCGUGGAGAAGGCAACAAUUCAUUCCUGGGCCAGGUGGAUCCAUUGGAUUUCUAAUGCUUGUAUCUAUUACGUUGUACAGAGUUGUUCAUAUACCACAUGCAGAGAGAAUGAGUCAAUAGGGAUUAGUAGAUCGUUC